GGUGUGAUUUCUCUCGACAUGUUCUCAGGCUGCAGCCGCCUCCUUGAGUUUGGGUGUGUCAGCCUGUAACAUGACAGAGAGCUGACUCAAACAGAACAGUCGCUUCUGUAACUGAAAGCUUACGGAUCUCUCGGUGACUUGGAGAACAGUGUCUACACAAUGGCAUCACCAGCCCCUCUGUCCAAGGCCAACACCAGCUUCUGUCUGGAUCUGUUCAAACAGCUGAAUGACAAGGACAAGGCAGCAAAUGUCUUCUUCUCACCUUUUAGCAUCUCCUCAGCCCUGGCUAUGUUGAUGCUGGGGACCAGAGGCAACACUCACACACAGAUAUCAGAGGUCCUCUGCUUCACUGAGACCAAGAAACCGAAGCAGGCAGAAAUUCGACAGGAUUCGCCGAUGCAGUCACAGAUGCAGACGCGCCUUCAGAUGCAGACACAGUUACAGCAGACGUCCAGACUGCCACAGUAUCUGCUCAAGGUCUUCUCUGGCUGUUCGCAGUGCCUGAAGCCCAAAGACUCUCCGGACGACGUCCACGCCGGCUUUAGUCAGCUGCUGAGCGCACUCAACACCCCAGACGCUCAGUUCAGCCUCAGCAUUGCCAACAGACUGUAUGGGGAGCAGUCCUACCAGUUUGUUAAGGACUUUUUAGAGGAAACCAGGAAGCACUACCAGGCUGAGCUGGAGUCUGUGGACUUCAGAACCAGCUUGGAGGAGGUCAGGGUCAAUAUCAACAGCUGGGUGCAGGAGCAGACACAAGAUAAAAUCAAGGACCUGCUGGCCAAGGAUGCACUGGACAAAGGGACCAUGCUAGUGCUGAUCAACGCCAUCUACUUCAAAGGCAACUGGGACAAACGGUUCGAGAUGGAUUCUACUCUUGAUGCUGAGUUUAGAAUAAGCAAGGAUGACACUAAACCAGUGAAGAUGAUGCGCCAGAAGAGUAAAUUCACUUUCGCCACCAUUCCUGAGGUCAACUGCCAGAUCCUCGAGAUGCCUUAUGAAGGGAAGGACCUGAGCAUGCUCAUCUUCCUGCCCAACAAGAUCGAGGACGAUACCACAGGCUUGGAGAGGCUGGAGAAGGAACUAACCUAUGAGAAAUUUGUGGAGUGGACUAGUCCAGAUUUAAUGGGCCAAAACGAGGUCGAGGUGAGGCUGCCUCGCUUCAAGAUGGAGGAGACUUACAACCUGAAUGAAGUCCUGAAGGGCAUGGGCAUGGUGGAUGCUUUCGAUGUCACAAAGAGUGACUUCUCUGGCAUGUCUCCAGCCAACGACCUGGUGCUGUCAAAAGUCGUUCACAAGGCUUUUGUGGAGGUUAAUGAAGAGGGAACCGAAGCUGCUGCCGCCACUGCAGUCAUUGUGACGGAGCGCUCUAUAAUGAUUCCUGUCACGUUCAUCGCAGACCACCCCUUUCUCUUCUUCAUCCGACACAACACCAACAAGGCGGUGCUCUUUGCCGGUCGAUUCUGCUCCCCUGAGUGAUCCGACGUGCCUCUCAGAGCACUAUGAGGGUUACAUCUAACAUAGUUUAGGGGUUUUCAGGGUUGAUAAUUCAUCCUCUGCAUUGCUCUAGCUAUAAAUUACAUGUAAAAUUCCUAUCCUAUAUUUGCAGGCGCACAAAUCUACAGGAAAUCGGAAUGGAAAAGAUGGCUCUGCACAGCGAACCCUCACAUUAACCUCUAGAAUUACAAAACGGAGUUUCUGCUGCCCAGAGUCUGUUGCUUGCAUUAAAUGCCAACCUGAGCUAUUGCACUCACACGUUGUAGUAAUAAAAUGGCUUUUAUAUGUAACUUGACAAUAUAUAUCUUCAACACGAAAUAUUAAUUAAUUCAGACUGUGGCUACAGUUUCAUGAAAGUAUGCAGAAAAGUAGAAAAAUAAAAUAUAAUAAACACUG